UCCUCAGUUCGAGACGGACGCUCGCGGUGAGAGAUUCUUCUUCGCUUUCGUGUGGACUGGCGCCCUUGUCUGGGGUUGCGAUUCGGUUUUUCGUGGGGCGCGUGGCUAACUCGGAAGUGUUGGUGCCCCAGAGCCUGGGGCAUCCCGUGUGACACGGAUGCUGGGCCAAGGAAAAGUGGCGAAAAAAGGGAGACAACAUACAAUAGUGUGGGGAGGUAAAGUGUCAAAAAGUGGGUGAAUUUUUCACGUCCUGACGUUUGCUAGCCAGCAGCAAGAAUAGCGAAUAAUCGGAAUUCUGUCUGACGGGGAUAAUCCGGUAGCUGGCGAGUCGUUGUCGUGGGUUUUCGUCGUCGUAGCCGUUGUCGCCGUGGAUGAUUUGGUCGGAAGUGAAGUUCUGCGGAAGGUAGCAGGCAUCUCGCUGGAUGCUGGGGAAAGCCUAGAGAAUGGAAGCUGCCCCUUUCUCGUGAUGCUUUGUGUUUUGUUGCAAAGUGUAGUGUAGCUUGAAGUAGAUUAUUUCGGAAAAACGGAGUGCUUGUUAAUACAGCUGGCUGCUUGCAGAUAACAAAACCAGUGUCGUAGUUCUUACCAAACCGGAAACGGGGGAUAGUGAAUUGUGUGGCUUCUAGUGAAUCCGUAUCUAAACAGCAAAGUUCAAUUCAUCAUGAAACAUCUGACAUCGUUCCUAGCAUUUGCCGCAUGGAUCCUGCUGGUCGCUGAAGCCCUUCCGGACACCAUCCGAAUCGGUGGCCUCUUUCACCCGGAUGACGACCACCAGGAGAUUGCGUUCCGUUAUGCGGUCGAGAAAAUCAACUCGGAUCGAACGAUUCUGCCGCGGUCCAAGCUGUCGGCCCAGAUCGAACGGAUCUCUCCGCAGGACAGCUUCCUGGCGUCGAAGCGAGUGUGCCAUCUGUUGCGAGCUGGAGUGGCAGCUAUUUUUGGGCCGCAGUCGUCGCACACCGCCAGCCACGUCCAGAGCAUCUGCGAUACUAUGGAGAUUCCGCACCUGGAAACACGCUGGGACUAUCGACUGAGGCGUGAAAGUUGUUUGGUGAAUCUCUAUCCGCACCCGAGCACACUAUCGAAGGCCUACGUGGAUCUGGUGGCAGCCUGGGGCUGGAAAUCCUUCACCAUCAUCUACGAAACGAACGAAGGUCUGGUGCGGAUGCAGGAGUUGCUCAAAGCACAUGGGCUAUCCGAAUACCCCAUCACGGUCCGGCAGUUGAGCGACUCAGGCGACUACCGACCACUGCUGAAGCAGAUCAAAAACUCGGCCGAAUCGCACAUCGUGCUGGAUUGUACGACCGAGAAAAUCUACGAGGUGCUGAAACAGGCCCAGCAGAUUGGGAUGAUGAGCGAUUACCACAGCUAUCUGAUCACGUCGCUGGACCUGCACACCAUCAGCCUGGACGAGUUCAAGUACGGUGGCACCAACAUCACCGCCUUCCGGUUGGUUGAUCCGGAAAAUCCGGAAGUGGCGCAAGCCAUCCACAACUGGACCGUGGGCGAGGCCCGGCUCGGCAAAAGAAUUGAUUUCAAAACAACGGAAAACGUGACUGUUAUCAAGGCCGAGACCGCGCUGAUGUACGAUGCCGUCCAUUUGUUCGCGAAAGCCCUGCACGACCUGGACACCAGCCAGCAGAUUGACAUCCACCCGUUGUCCUGUGAUGCGCAGGACACCUGGCCCCAUGGAUACAGCCUGAUAAAUUACAUGAAAAUCGUGGAAAUGCGUGGCCUAACGGACGUCAUCAAGUUCGACCACCAGGGCUUCCGGAGCGAUUUCGUGCUGGACAUUGUCGAGCUGGGACCGCAGGGUUUGCGCAAGAGCGGCACGUGGAAUUCCACUUCCGGGGUGAACUUCACCCGCAGCUACGGCGAACAGCAGAAGGAAAUCGUCGAAAUACUGCAGAACAAAACGCUCAUCGUGACGACGAUCCUGAGCUCGCCGUACUGCAUGCGGAAGGACUCGGCCGAAAAGCUGACCGGAAACUCGCAGUUCGAGGGCUAUGCCAUCGAUUUGAUACAUGAGGUUUCGAAAAUACUCGGUUUUAACUACACGAUCCGGUUGGCACCGGAUGGGCGGUACGGCAGCCAGAACAAGGAGACACUUGAAUGGGACGGCAUGAUAAAGGAGCUGCUGGAGCAACGGGCAGACCUGGCCAUCGCCGAUCUCACCAUCACCUUCGACCGGGAGCAGGUGGUGGACUUUACCAUGCCAUUCAUGAAUCUGGGCAUUUCCGUGCUGUACCGAAAACCGGUGAAGCAACCGCCCAACCUGUUCUCCUUCCUGUCCCCGCUCUCGCUAGACGUGUGGAUCUACAUGGCAACGGCUUAUCUCGGCGUUUCCGUCCUGCUGUUCAUCCUGGCGCGGUUCACACCGUACGAGUGGCCGACGCCAAAUCCCUGCGAUCCGCAUCCGGAAAAACUGCAGACCCAGUUCACGCUGAUGAACUGCAUGUGGUUCGCCAUUGGUUCCCUGAUGCAGCAGGGAUGUGACUUCCUGCCCAAGGCUGUCUCCACCCGGAUGGUCGCCGGAAUGUGGUGGUUCUUCACGCUGAUCAUGAUCAGCUCGUACACUGCCAACCUGGCGGCGUUCCUCACCGUUGAACGCAUGGAUUCGCCAAUCGAGAGCGCCGAAGAUCUGGCCAAGCAGACCAAGAUCAAGUACGGAGCGUUGCGUGGCGGUAGCACAGCUGCUUUCUUCCGGGAUUCAAACUUCUCCACGUACCAACGGAUGUGGUCCUUCAUGGAGUCGACCCGGCCGUCCGUUUUCACGGCAAGCAACAUCGAAGGCGUUGAACGCGUCGUCAAGGGCAAGGGAAGCUACGCGUUCCUAAUGGAGUCCACCUCGAUCGAGUACGUCAUCGAACGGAACUGCGAACUGACCCAGGUCGGAGGAAUGCUCGAUUCUAAAGGAUACGGUAUUGCGAUGCCACCGAAUUCUCCAUUUCGCACUGCCAUCAGUGGUGCCGUCCUGAAGCUUCAAGAGGAGGGUAAGCUACACAUUCUGAAAACUCGCUGGUGGAAGGAGAAACGAGGCGGAGGAUCAUGCAGGGAUGAAACGUCAAAGUCCAGUUCUACCGCGAACGAGCUUGGGCUAGCCAACGUGGGAGGAGUCUUUGUCGUACUGAUGGGUGGAAUGGGCGUGGCUUGCGUGAUUGCAGUGUGCGAGUUUGUUUGGAAGUCCCGAAAAGUGGCCGUCGAGGAGCGGGAGAUCUCCCUCUGCUCGGAGAUGGCCUCCGAACUGCGAUUCGCUCUCAAGCGCAACCGAUCGGCCACAAAAGUAGCAUCCGGCAACAGCCACAACAACACUCUUCGUACGUCCACCAGUUCCCGAGCAUCGCCGAAAGAUUCCGAACCCUCCUCCGAGCAUCGGUUCCACCCACUUGGGCCACCUUACGCGCAGUACGAAUUCGAUCCGAAAGCAGUUGGACAAUAACUUCGACGCCCUGCGUGAUCUUGUAUUAAACACUUCCCGAGGUAUAACAAUUGUAUAUUGAAUGUAGUUGUCGAAUUAAUAGUCUUUUCCACUGAGAAAUCGUACGCCACGUUGACUCCUAGUCCCAUUCCGAAGAUUGAUAAUUCAACUUUUCGCAUACGAAAUGAGAAGAGCAUUGCCUUCGAUGCAUUUUGAAAUCAGAAAUUCGUUUUGUUUUUAUGAAUAAAAGAUUGAUCAUAAGACUCAAUGUAAAUGUAUACUAACUUUCUCCAAAAAACGUGUAAUAUAAGUUGAAUCGGAUCAUUCAAAGCAAUACAUUUAAGUGAAAUUUGACGAAAAAUGUAAAAGACACAAUUUAGCAAACUGUUGAUUGAAGUUUUCCAACACAAAUCAAGUGAGGCUUUGUUUUCUACUCAAAAAAAAACAUCAAACCAAAAUCCCCAUCAAUCAAUGUAAUUAUCAAAGAUCCUAAAUGUUUACGAGCAUAAACACUUUUUCGCAGUUCAUACAAUCUUCCAGAGAGAGAAAACAUUCGAAAGAAAACGAAAAUAUUACACCCAUUGUAGAAAACCUGCUAGCACAUUUACACAAACCUAGAGAAAGAUGGAAACGGUCGAAGCAAAACAACAGCGAGAAGAAAACAACUACAAAGAAUCGAUAAUAAAGAGUAAACAUUUUUUCGAAUUUGUAAACAAAA